GUCUGUUUGUAGGUUGAUAAGUUUGGCAUUCAUGGCGGCUUUGAAAGGAUACAUAAUUAUAAUGACAAUACCUUUUUUCACCAGCUUGGAGAGGAGAGUGAUAAUGAGAUCCUUUGGUGCAGAGCUUGUCCUCACUGAUCCAGCCAAAGAAAUGGGUGGAACCGUUAAGAAAGCUUAUGACCUCCUUGAGAAUACUCCUUAUGCUCAUAUGCUGCAACAGUUUGCUAAUCCAGCAAACACUCAGAUUCAUUAUGAUACUACUGGUCCUAAGAUUUGGGAAGAUACGCUUGAGAAUGUCGAUAUCUUCGUGAUGGGAAUUGGCAAUGGAGGCACAAUCUCUGGUGUUGGCCAAUACCUUAAAUCUAAAAACCCUAAUAUCAAGAUCUAUGGAGUUGAGCCUGCUAAAAGUAACAUACUCAACCGUGGCAAACCAGAUAAUAUUGAUAUAGGUGUUGUUUUAAUGCCUGAUGAAGCAGAUACUCUCUCUCAUUUUCAUGUAUCGAAGGAGGAAACGGAUAAGCUUGUUUCGGAGGUGAUUAGAAUCGUACUCUUCAAGUCGCAUCAAAACUCAGGAUGCUCAAUUAAACGUGAAGAUUUGACUCAGAUUGUUACUAAGAACUAUCGUCAGCGUAAUCUCGCGACCUACGUCAUCAACGAAGCCAAGAGAAAGCUCUCGAACGUGUUUUGUUACGAUUUGAAACAGAUUCAGCGCUCUAGGCCUCCUUCUACUGGUCAAACAAGGCUUCCUCAGUCACAGAGUAAGACAGUGGCUCUUUUGAUCAAACUCUUUAUGGAGAAGAUAUUCAAGCCUGCACCGUUCCCUUUGGAGUUGGAUUUGCGUAAUUACAUAAGCAGUAAAGAAAAUCCUGAGUAUGGUGAAACUUCAUUGCACAUGGCAGCCAAGAACGGUCGUAAUGAAGCUGCAAAGCUACUCCUUCACCGUGGUGCUUUCAUCGAAGCGAAAGCGAGCGUGACCUUCGUGAUACAAUUGGUUUGCUCGCUGGCUCCACCAUUAUGCUUCUCACUGUAAUCUGGGGAACUUGCACUGUCGUUGGUAAAUGUGACCUUCGUGAUACAAUUGCUGUAAACAACCAAGACACUAAACGCUUCAGUCUCAAAGGCGAGAAGACAAAAGCUGAAGCACCAUCUCUGAAUAAGAAUGUGCAGAAGCUUUCCAUGAGAAACAAAGGAGUCUAACGGAUGAUGGUCUAACGGAUGUAUGCAGCAGCUUCCCUAUAUUUGCGAAGGACCUUCAAUCAAUCUCAUAACCAAUUUUAAUAAUUUAAGUUUUAUUGACUGAUUUAUUCUUCAUAUAGAAAACGAAUAAGCUCAUGAUACAAUGUAAAUGAUUUAUUGACUGAAUUGUUCUUCAUAUAGAAAACGAAUAAGC